UGAGAACAGAAUUACAGAUUUCACCUCCUCCCUCGGGGUUUGAGAAUAAACAGACGGAGAAAAGGGAGCCCGAGGGAUCAACCCUUACAAAAUGUUAGAAUUCUACAGUCAUAGAAUUGAGUUUCAAAAAAAGGUGCUAUGGAUUUGUGGGAAAAUUCUUACAAUAAUCGCUUCUGUCUCCUCCCUCUGUGACGUCACGACACAGGAAAUUUCUGCCGAUACCAGCUGGAGAUCCUUCACAUCCGUCGGAUUCAACGGAGGGAGCGGAUCCUAUAUUAAUAACAUGGAUUGUUGGUGGCGGAUUGACUCGGGAGCGGAUGACCUUCGCCUUUUGUUAUUUCUGACCCUGGAUACUGCGUGUCCCGGCGAUAAAGUUUAUAUUUACGAUGGAAAUUCAGCAGCAGCCACUGCCCUUGCAAAUAACAAGUGUGGGACACCGGCCACGCCUUCACACUAUUCGACGACUCAGCGAUUCGCAUAUCUUCGAUUGGUAACCGACGCAAGCGUGCAGAGGGCUGGGUUCAAGAUGGAUUUUGUUGCUGCGAAAGAUUACUCCGGAACCGGAUGUACAUCGACGCAGUCCUUGUCUGCAGGAGAUAACAUACAAUUCCUUUCUAGCCCGAAUUUCCCUGGCCUAUAUAACAAUGGUAAAAGUUGUCGCUGGGUGAUUACGAGCGCCACCGGAAAUGUUGAUCUUGACGUCAUGUUUUCAGACAUAGAAGACGAUCUUCCAACUCAGUGUAACUAUGAUAAAUACUACAUUAAUGAUGGAAAUGACCGCUGUGAUAAUAAUGCUGUAAGAACUGUGUGCUCCCAGUACCCAAAGGUCGCGCCCUUCACCUUUACGUCUUCAGGGUCAUCUGUCGUGAUAUCGUUCUAUAGUGACAAUACUGUAGGACGCCAUGGUUUUCUUAUUCAAUACAAAUCGAAUGUGACGGAGACAACGACUACUAGGGAACAGACAACGGAACUGAGCUCAACUCAGACAGCAACCUCGAACCAUGCAAAGGUCACAAAAGAUUCAGACAGGUGUAUGGAUGUUAGACUUGUGAUUGGCAUUGUAUUUGGGUCUUUGGUCGCGGUAAUCUUCUCCUGUACUCUUGUUGUACUGAUGUUAGUACGAAGUCACAAUUUACAGAAGAAGGCAAUAAAGCCAGACGAUUGAUUAGUACUUCCUUGGAUCAAAGUUAUUUAUUAGCAGUUUAACUGUCAUAUGUACUCAUUUUUAGUUAAGAUUGCAUAAGAUGUUUCUUUUUCCAUGACGCUUAUCACAGAACCAAAAAUUAAAAUUUUAAAUCUGAAAAUUUAAGAGCAAGGAUGACUCGGUAGGGAAUUUCUUUACUCGUGUUAAACACUAUAAAAGAGUGCAUGUAAACAUCGGAAGACAAUGUAUAAAUACUUGUAAUGUUUACUCAGCAGAUCCUAUAAAUUGAUACCUGUAUUUAAAGGUAAAAAAAUACGCCUAUUAGAACGGGUGCAUACAUUGUAUCGGUCGUGUAUCGGCUUGAUUAUUGAGAAGUGAUACAAGUACAAGCCCCUGAAUAAUUUUUCAUUCUACUCAAAAUCCUGAAUAUUUUUUUAACUUCAAAAAUAUGUUAUUUUUAUUCAUUAAUUUAUUUUUCUUUUUUUUUUAUUUUUCGCUGCAUAUUUUGCCGACUUGAUUUGUAUGUUUUGUUUUUCUUUGUGAGAAAUAAUUUAUACUUUAAUUAUGAAAUAGCUGAACUGCUCACUGAUUUGUUUGGGCAGGAAGUGGCUAUUUUAAAAUAGCAAGCUUGUCAGAUUAAAGUUGAAUAUAACAAUAAAUUUGGAAUAUGAUUCGACAUGUGUCAGUUUGACAUAUGAUUGCAUUAUAAUACCAGCACGAGGGGUUUUACACGGGUUUAAUGUUUCCAUCAGGGACUAAAGUUAGUUCUAUAAAAACUUUUAGAAAUUCAGUCAGGAGAAUGACUUUCAACUUCCCGAAACAUUAGACAUAGGUACAUAAGGCAAUCUUGCUCUA